UCGUUGCAGUCGUCGCGUCUCCCUCUCAGUCCGCCCGUCCUACACUCCUACUCCUAUAUAGGAGUGCACACCAAUCAGCGGCUUCAUCCAUCGCCCAUCACAUCACCAGCAACCGCGUGAUCGCCAUGGCGGGGAGAAUGGAGGCCAGGAUCACCGCGCUGCUCUCGCUCCUCGCCGUCACCCUCCUCGCCCACGCGCUCCUCAUCCAGCCGCCGCGCGCCGCAGCCGUCUUCGCCGACCGCUUCCUCUCCGCGCUCCGGUUCGACGCCCGCCAGCUCGUCGGGCUCGUCAACCGGAGGAACAUGAUCCUCCUCUGCCACGCCAUCCUCCUCCUCAUCCUCAGGGACGCCGGCCUCCUCGCCGCUCCCGCUCGACGACGCAGCACCGCUACCACCACCGCGGUCGGUGGCGACAGUACCAGCUCCGAGGCUCAGCCCAAGCCAAAGAGCAUCGUCGAGAUGACGCGGACAAGUACUGCGACUGCUGCCGCGUCUUCAGACGUCAAGAACCAGACCGUCGCCGACGACAGUCGUCUCAAGCUUGUACGUCGACGAAGCCCUGGGCGGGACAAGACGGCGGCGCGAUUACGGCGCGGGAAGCCAUCUCCCAUGGCCAGAGAGAUCAUCGCUCCUGCGGUCGACAAACAGAGCUCUGAACGCCGCUUCUUCGAUCACAGUGGUGUUGGCACUGAGAUUGUUGCAGUGCAGGACAGGAUCUCCUGCCUGCACUCUGAAGAACCGGUCGCUGGUGACCAGACAAGCAGAGGAGAGAUGACGCGUCAGGAAACAGAGCCCGAGUGCGCUGACGACGUGGACGAGAUGAACAGGAAGUUCGAAGAGUUCAUCGCCACUACGAGGAGGAAGAUGCAGCUCGAGAGCCUGCAGCUGGUCACGGUGUAGAACAGAAUGCAGAGCAAGAAAUGAUGCAUACGUAGAGUGAAUAUGUCAAGCUGAUGGAAACGAUCGUGCUAGCUUUAGUACUUCAUGUGAAGUUCAUGUCUUUCUUCGUGUUGUCCCGCUUUUCUUCCGCGACAUUUCACUGAACCACCUUGGCAAUUCGGGCUAAAGAAGGCUCGACAAGCACAACAACGAAAUCACAACUCCUAAGUUCGAUCUA